AUGGUCAGCAGCACGGUGCACGCGCACGGGCACGGCGAGGCGACCGCUUACGGGCCGGCUCCUGGCCCGGGUGGGCGACCCCGCAAGCCCUUCGGCUGGGGCGACUUCAGCGCCAGCGUUCGCACGGCGCGCCUCCAGCUGCUCGUCACGGCGAAGCUGGUGGACCAAGGGAACGGCUCGUUGAGCCAGCAGCAGCAUCGUCAACACCAGCACGGGCAGCAGCAGCAGCACCAUCAGUACCAGCACCAGCAGCAGCCGCGGCACCAGCAGCAGUGGAGUGAGAACCACCAGCGACGUCACGAAGAUGAACAGCACCCGAGACAGCAACAGCAUCAGCACGACCAAAACUAUCAGCAGCAGCAGUGGAAUGAGAAACAGUUGCAACUGAAUCAGGAUGAGCAGCACGACCAACAGGAGCAGCAGGAGCAGCAACAGCAUCGGCACCAACACCCGCAGCAGCAGCAGCAGCAGGCUGAGUCGAAGGAGUCCCGGGACACAGGAACUUUCCGUUGUCGCGUCGAGUACGAGAAAGUGGAUCGAGCGCUCAAAAGCGCGCCGUGCGCCGAGCCGCGCGACGCGGACUCCCCCGCCGCCGGUUCGAGUCCCAGCCCCGGUGGUAGUCCAGGUCACGGUCCGCCAGGUGUGGGUUCGGGCACGGGCGGAUCGUGCUACCGCGAGCAGGUUCAGAGCCACGUCUCGUGGAUCUGCUCCAAGCCAAUGAGCGCCUUCUGCAUCUACAUCGCAUUCCAGGGCGAGGACUACCGCCUGGCGCACAAAGUGUGCCCGGACCUCCACGCCAAUCGUAACCUCCCCCCCAGCGGGUGAAGGAAGCGGGCCGGGUGGUGGAUACGGAGGGGGAUGGUGGACGAGCAGCAAAGGGCGAGCACACCUCCUGGAAACAACAGGCACACUGUCACCACCACAACCACCACCGUCAGUGGCGUUCGUCAUACACGCAUCUCGCUGAGACCACAUACAGCACCAUAUAAGGAUUGUUCGGAUGUCCCGUGACUUCCAUUUAAUGCCCUAAAACUAUUUUUUAAGUAAAGUUUAUUUAAAGUUUAAAUGAAUAUGCUAAGGAAGAAAAUGGUACGGGUCAAUUAAUUUGGGGUCCCGAGACAUCUGAACCACCCUGUACCUGGUUUAAACGGGACCAUAGCACACACGUAGGCAGGAACUUUUGUGGAACUCGCCCGGCAUGAGAUACCGCAGAACAACUUUCGAGAGCUCUGGCAAGUAACGGUUUUUUUUAUUUUCAAAUCCAACACACCAGGGGCCAUGCCCCAUGUACAAGUUCAUGGCAUUGCAGUCCAAUCGAUGUUUCAAAUCAAGCGAAAUCCCACAUUUCAACCUGCCGUCAUCGUCGUGACCGAUUCUGAGACCAUCAACUCGCUACGCUUGAGAAAGCACCCGUGUUCAAAUCCGCGAUCUUAGCGGUGACGGCUCAGUGCGUUGUUUCGUAUCCACGCAUGUGGCGCAUUGCAAAGCGCAGCAUUUUACGUCUAUGUAAACUCCCCUUAUACCCGUGUCAGAUUUACUGAGUCUCGAGACCCCCUUCUCGCGAGGGUCCUGCUUGGAAUGUUCGGAGAUCGGCGGCACGGCUGUUGAGUGUACCGGAGGUGCAUCAGGAGUGAGCAGCUACAACAUGGGACCUUUCUUUCCAGGAUCAAAGUGUAAGAAUAGGUUUUACCCUUUCUGGCAAUAAAAUAGGUGUUAAGAUGUUCAAACACCAAACAGAAACCUUUUGCAACGAGUCAUGCCUGCAUUAACCACAAAGACAAUGCAUAUAUGCAUCGCCUUUUUGCGUCCUCUGGUCUAACACUGAUUGAGACGAGGCCUGAAAGAAUGCUGCUCUCUCUGGGGUGAACCAAUCAGUUUCAAAGACAAUGCAUUUAUUACCAGAGCAUGUUUUUGUUUGCAUGUUCACAAGCAAUGGCGGAACCAGGAUUUGCAGGUAGUGGGACAACCCCUGUAGCAAUGAAAAUGGUAGAGGAGUUGUUAGUAAGUAAGGACUUGUCCCUUGCUUUUUAUUCAACGCCUGUGCAGCGAUGGCGCAGCCAUCG